AUGGGUGAUGAAGAAGUUUUAGUAGGUUUUAGGUUCUUUCCGACUGAGGAAGAACUUCUCUCUUAUUAUCUUCCUAAGAAGCUUAAUGGGCCCACACCCUCCAUUGAUAGGGUUAUUCCACUCCUUCACAUCUACGAUUACAGUCCUUGGGAGCUUCCACAAUUAGCCGGAGAAUUGUGCCGUGGCGACAAAGAGCAAUGGUUCUUCUUCACCGCAAUGCAAGAAAGGGAAGCCCGCGGUGGUAGACCUAAUCGCCUUACUGAGACCGGAUACUGGAAAUCUACUGGCACUCCCUGUGAUAUUUUGACCUCUCAAAAUCUUCAAAUUGGAAGGAGAAAGACCAUGGUUUUCUACGUUGGCCGAGCUCCACACGGAUCGAAAACUACGUGGAAAAUGAAUGAGUAUAAAGUCUAUGAUCAGUCUCCUAAUCCUCAGUUGAAGGAAGAACUCAGCUUGUGCCGAAUUUACACGAAAUCCAAUUUCCGGAGGGCGUUUGAUGGGCGGCCUUCGGCGACGCUCUACCUCCCUCCCAAUACUGAUGAGGCUGUGAUAACAACUGAUCAUAACCAGCAGAAUUCAGCAGUGGAAAAUGGAAUCAAUUCGGAUAUGGAAACGGAAUUCGAACCCUCAGAUGAUUCAGAAACACGCAUGUUGCUUGACUGGUUGUUUGACAUAUGGAGGAAGCAAUAUAUUACUAAUAAGCAACUUGAUUAA